GGUGCGGCAGGCGCGGCUGUGCGGCAGCGGAAGUCCUUUGUUGCAGCACAGUCCCUGGCAGAGCCAGAGCCUCUCCGCGCAGCCCAGCCCGAACGCCGCGCGCCGCCGCCACUGCAGCUCGCGGCCCCUUCGCCUCCGCCCGCCUUUCCCGUGGCUGAUUUGCCUUAAACUCCCUAAAACCUCCGCAGCCCCGGUUCCUGCUGCGGCCGGUCUCUAAUUAAUAGAAGAUGGCAAAGCCCAGCCACAGCAGCUACGUCCUUCAGCAGCUAAACAACCAAAGGGAAUGGGGUUUUCUCUGUGACUGUUGUAUUGCGAUCGAUGACAUUUACUUCCAAGCACACAAAGCAGUUCUGGCUGCCUGUAGCUCCUAUUUUAGAAUGUUUUUCAUGAACCAUCAGCACAGUACUGCGCAACUGAAUCUCAGCAACAUGAAAAUUAGCGCCGAGUGUUUUGAUCUCAUUCUGCAGUUUAUGUACUUAGGCAAAAUCAUGACUGCUCCCUCUAGCUUUGAGCAGUUUAAAGUGGCAAUGAACUAUCUACAGCUGUACAAUGUUCCUGACUGCUUAGAAGACAUACAGGAUGCAGAUUGUUCCAGUUCCAAGUGUUCAUCUUCUGCUUCUAGCAAACAGAACAGCAAAAUGAUCUUUGGGGUAAGAAUGUAUGAAGACACAGUGGCUAGAAAUGGCAGUGAGGCCAAUAGGUGGUGUGCAGAACCCAGUUCAACCGUAAAUACACCACAUAACAGAGAGCCCGAUGAAGAGUCUUUACAAUUAGGUAAUUUUCCGGAACCACUGUUUGAUGUCUGUAAAAAAAGUUCGGUGUCCAAAUUAUCUACUCCAAAAGAACGCGUGUCACGACGCUUUGGACGGAGUUUUACCUGUGACAGCUGUGGAUUUGGCUUUAGCUGUGAGAAGUUAUUAGAUGAGCAUGUGCUAACCUGUACUAACAGACAUUCGUACCAAAACACAAGAUCCUACCACAGAAUAGUGGAUCUUAGAGAUGGAAAAGACAGUAAUAUCAAAGCUGAGUUUGGUGAAAAGGAUUCUUCUAAAACAUUUUCUACGCAGACGGACAAAUACAGAGGAGACCCGAGCCAGGCGGCCGAGGAUUCGACUUCAACCCCUGGAAGCAGAAAAAGUAGCACCGUCGAGUCUGAGCUAGCCGGCGAAGAAAAAAGCAGAGCUGCCGAAAGGAAAAGAAUCAUUAUCAAGAUGGAGCCAGAAGAUAUUCCUACAGACGAACUGAAAGACUUUAACAUCAUUAAAGUUACUGAUAAAGACUGUAACGAAUCCACUGACAACGACGAAUUAGAAGAUGAACCUGAAGAGCCAUUUUAUAGAUACUAUGUUGAAGAAGAGAUCGGUAUUAAAAAAAGUGGUAGGAAAACUCUAAAACCUCGGAUGUCAAUAAGUGCUGAAGAAAGAGGAGGUUUAGAAAGUAUGAGGCCCCCUAACAACAGCAGUCCGGUACAAGAGGAUACCGAAAAUGCAUCUUGUGAGCUGUGCGGACUCACAAUCACCGAGGAGGACCUGUCAUCCCAUUACUUAGCCAAACACAUUGAAAAUAUCUGUGCAUGUGGUAAAUGCGGACAGAUCCUUGUUAAGGGCAGACAGCUUCAGGAACAUGCGCAGAGAUGUGGAGAACCCCAAGAUCUGACAAUGAAUGGCUUGGGAAAUGCCGAGGAGAAAAUGGACAUGGAAGAGAAUCCUGAUGAGCAGUCAGAAAUAAGAGAUAUGUUUGUUGAAAUGUUGGAUGAUUUCAGGGACAAUCAUUUCCAGAUAAACAGUAUCCAAAAAAAGCAGUUAUUUAAACAUUCUGCCUGUCCUUUCCGAUGUCCGAAUUGUGGCCAGCGUUUUGAAACUGAGAACCUGGUGGUUGAACAUAUGUCUAGCUGCCUAGACCAAGAUGUGUUUAAGAGUGCCAUCAUGGAAGAAAACGAGAGAGAUCACAGACGAAAGCAUUUUUGUAAUCUGUGUGGAAAAGGAUUUUAUCAGCGGUGCCACUUGAGAGAACACUACACUGUUCACACCAAGGAGAAACAGUUUGUCUGUCAGACAUGUGGAAAGCAGUUUUUAAGAGAGCGUCAGUUGCGACUGCACAAUGAUAUGCACAAAGGCAUGGCCAGGUAUGUCUGUUCCAUUUGUGAUCAAGGAAACUUCAGAAAACAUGACCAUGUACGGCAUAUGAUUUCUCAUUUAUCUGCUGGUGAGACUAUAUGCCAGGUCUGCUUUCAGAUUUUCCCAAAUAAUGAACAGUUGGAACAGCACAUGGAUGUUCAUCUGUAUACAUGUGGAAUAUGUGGAGCCAAAUUUAAUUUGAGGAAAGAUAUGAGAUCACAUUAUAAUGCCAAGCAUUUGAAAAGAACAUAAGUGAUUUUCUACUGUACUCACGUUUAGUUGAUAGCAGACAAAACACCAAAGCAAAGGAUAUGAGCUAUUUAGAAAUUGAUUUUAUAAGAUGAAUUGUUGGAGAAAGAUCUCAAGGCCCUUUUACCUUUAAUAUUUUUGUUUAGGAUCUUAAGUAUCUACAUUUUAGAUGUUAUUAAAUGUUUAUCAUUUUUGUUAUUUCUUCAUAGAAUUCUUUGAUUUUAGUUUGUUUUAGCUAUGAUUAAAAUUACUUUUCAAUGUAGACUACAAGUGGUUGUUACCCCUUCAAUGACUAUUAAACUUUAGUUUUUUUAUCAUAAGGUGAUGACUUUACUAUUUCUAUGUGGGUUUUUUUUUUUUUUUGUAAGGUUAUCCUGUGAAAUUUUAAAUCUAACAUCAUUGGCCAUUUGUGUUUAUUUAAAAAAACUUUUUAAAGUAAUUCUUGGAAACUAUCUCAUUUGCUAUUAGCUUUUUUUUUUGGUAAGUUGAACAGUGAUUUAGCUACUGUUUAUUCCCCCCCCCCUUUUUUUUUUAUCAAUGAAAUCCAUAUUCUUUAAUUGACAUGCUUGUUAGGCAGGCUAGGUGCAUUGACUCUAAACUUGAAGGUUGACAUGGGCUCAAACUUGGCCUAAAAAGAUUGAUGGACCUAAGGAAAUUCCUAUAAAUGAAUAUUUCCUAUAAUUGAUAAAAUAUUAUCAUUUAAUAAUCACAUUUAAAACUUAUAUUAAGUGUAAAAUCCAAUGACUUUACCCCACUGGAGAAAUUAGUGGGGACAUGUCAUUUUGUUUUGUGAUAGUAAAUUUAACUAUGAUAGUUAAUUAAAAAGACAUAUCUUGUAUUCAUUUAAAAUAAUUUAAAAUAUUCUGAUUUCUAAAGUGUAUUAGUUUAUCAAUUAUUUUUGUUUAUAAAUAGACUUUAAUAGCUCUCUAGGAAUAUGACAUCUAAAGGAAAAUGAUUUUUCAUCUUUAAAAUUACAUACUUUUGGAACUUAACUUUGAGAUUUGAGAAAGCUGCCAUGUAUAUUGAUAAAUCAAAUAAAAUAAAGAAAUAAAUUACAAACCUGGUUGUUCUAUAAAAGUAGAGUGUGCAAAAAAAUGUCUUGUGUUUUAUACUAAGAUUUGGAGGAAACGUGUUGUGGCAAAUUGCAGUUUAUCGCCAUGCUUUAUUACUAUUUUUUUCUGUAAAGGACUACAAAAUUUGAGGACUAUAAAAUAAUCACAGAGCAUAUAAGUAGAAAUAGCUUAUCAUUUUUAGUUAAAGGAGUAUCAUUGUUAGUUGUUGUUGACACAGGGUCUACCUUGAAUUACAUGUGAAUUAAAACACUGGCACAGCCGACACACCAAUAAACACAUCUACCGAAUAGAAUGCCUUUUAAUGUGAAUUACUUGCAUUGUCAUACCCUUCUCAUAACGCAAGGGGUUUUAAGUGACGUCUGUAUUUAAACAUACAAUUCUGUAAUUAUGCACAGUAACUUAACAGCAUUGCUCUUUUUGCUUACGUCAGAUUUUUAAGCUAUGCAAGUCCUAUUUUCCUAUACAAUUUGCAUACAAGGAAAAAUUGCCAAGAGAAUUGAGACACUGACGAACACAGAUCUAGCUGAAAGAGAAGGAAGUACUGGAGCACAGUGUGAGCUCGGAGAUUUGUGGGGAUACAAGUAAGAAUAGGAUAAGUAAGAAGAGGGACAGUGCAGGUGGCAUGUGGUAUUAAAAUAAUGGGAAAUAGAGACGGGGGAAAUAACACUAAUAGAUAAACAAGAAGUUAGGAAUUUUUUUUUUUUUUUUAAGCCACCUAGCAGAAAAAGCAGGAAAAGUGAUUCAGCUAAGUCUUGGACACAGUAGUUUAUCAAGGAAUUAAAUCUGGAGUGCCACUUGAAAUAUGGUGUAUAUAUUACUGAUAAGAACCUGAUAAAAGCUCUGUAACAAACCCAGAGACCGUCAGAGGGUUGCGUAAUGAGAUAAGAUAAACUCAACAAAUUUCCAGACUAUUGAUAGAGUAUCUCAGUGAACAUAAUUUUUAGGGGGAAUCACUUUUUUCCAUGAUCUCCACCAAAAUCUAUUGCAGUGGCUUCCCACCAUUAAAGAAUAGGGUGGUUUCUAAAUACUACCAUGCUGUAAAAAAGGAUUGUCUAUUCCAUUAGGAAAAGGGAGGGUUAAUUUAAUGUUUUGACAUGGACCGACAGCCAACAAUUAGCAAGCAAAUAUAUAAACAUUGAACAUAAUGUCUAACUUUACAUAACUGAGAAGUUUAUGGUUUCGCGAAGCCCCACCUCACCAUGUGUCCUUCCAGUUCCAUAUUACUCAGAACAACUUUUGUUUUGUUUUGGAACCAGCUAUAGGGCAGCACAGGCUCCUGUGGGUAUAAUGUACAAAUUUUCCUCAUUAAGGCAGAGAGUACAUUUAAAAGCUACUUGCCUCUUACAGUUAAGGGGAAUGAAAAAUGUCUGACACCUCUCUCCAACCCAGUUUCUUCUGACUUCCUUCCUUUCCUGGGGUUACAGAGCUGUAACUCCUUGCUAUUGCUUCUUGCCCUCCGUGCUGUGAAGGCAAUGAAUCGAGGUUGUGGAAGCUACCUUCUCCUCCUGCCUUUCACAAUUUAUGUAAUUAGGCUCCGAAUCCAAAAAUGAAGGGAAAAUCUAGACAGAUAUCUGUGGAAUCUUGUGUCUCACAGAGUCUUGCUUAAAGGGCCUUUGUUCUUCAGCAAGAAAUCUUAGAGAAAUGGAGUCCAUGCCUAUCAAAGCUUGUCACCGGUUACGGUGCAACGUGGAUGUUUAUAAUUCUGUAAUAAGCACCACUAAGAAUCUCAGAUUAACGAAGCACAACAGGGUGACAGUGCAGUAGGACUCAGAAAUCUGUCUUAAUCUCACCCAUAUUUUUAAAGUAAAACUAUUGAGGCAAAUGACUCUCAUGCGUAAAAUGGUACAAGGCUCGUUUAAUAUAUGAAGUUCGAAUAUGGACAAAACUUAGAAGAAAGAACAGGGAUUCUAGGGGCUAGUUAUAGAACUAAAAGAAUUAAAAUAAGGACAAACUUUGCUAGGGCAGUCAGAGCACCAAUCAAAAGGAAAAAUAAUAGACUGACGUGAAAAAUCGUAUUUAAGUGCUGUAGUUGAAAACAAAAACACGAACGAGAUGUAGGAGUUGAAUAAAAUAUAAACAUUUGGGAUUGUUUUAGGUGAGAGUAGAGAUUGAAGUACUUUGGUAGGUUAAAAUAAUACUGAUACAUUAAAAUAAUUACAGCUAUAAAAUGCCUAGUGAAACAGUUGCUGUGAACAUGCCAAGGAUAUGCCUAAAUGCUUGAGAUAAUAUACUCACUUUUCUAUUCUAAAAAAGUAGGAAGAGAGGCUAGUGAUGGUUGGCAACUUUCUCCCUGGUUAAACAAUACUUGUCCCUAUAUACCACAAGUUAAGGAACUUCCAUAUAUAAUAGAUCUCUGGAAAAAUCCCCCCUCAUAAUCAGUUUAACAGUUAAAAGUAAACAUAAAACUUGUCAUUGUUAACAAAAAGGUGAAUUAGUACCAACCAAAAGAAAACCCAAAUGUGUAUCAGUACACGUUGUUGGGAGUAAAGAAGUGUGGCGUGUUUCUUGAUUUUUAAUGGGUUUUGUGAGUUAAAAUUAAUUUGCUUUCCAUGAAUCUACUUGAUCAGUUCCUCAUCUUUCCUCACCGGGCCCCACCUCCUUUGUAACAAAUGUUUGUCUGUGAUAAAUGCCAGCGUUCCUCAGGCAGCGUAGCAGUACAAUGCCUAGGCCACCAGGGUGCCAAAAAGCUGUGUGGGGACAUAUCCUUGGGGAAUGCCCCCCAUCUCCUUGAUACUUGAGGUGUAGGGAACGGGAUGACAGGAUGCAUGCCAGCCAAGUGAAGCAAGUAGGGUGCUGUUGGGUGUUUAAGAGCACGAAGAUGCCGCCCAGAUUAGGAAGCCCUUGAUCCAUCCAUCCUAGAGCUCUCCCUUAGUAAUCCUGGCGUCCAUUUACUUAGUGCUCUUUAUGCUCCGCCAAGUGCUUUACAUGCACAAUUUUAAUUAAGCUUCACAGCCUUAUGAGGUAAGUAUUCUUUGGAUUUUCCAGAUGGGGCACUGAGGUUCACAGAGACUUGAGUAUUUUUCCUAAGAUCACACAGAAAUUAACCACAAGAGCUAGAAUUGAGCCUAGAACUAUUUGAUUUCUACAUGCCUGUACUUAACCACUCAGCCACAUACCUCACCUACCAUGAAGUACAAAGGAGGCCCUUUUCAGCCUAGGAACACGUGUGAUAAAGCUUCUAUGAAACUCUGUGCUCCAUGUUGCAUCUGUGAUCUGCUGUGCCUGGUAAGGUACUUAAUGAACGCAUUGAAUAAUGUGGAAACAUAUCAGUUGGACACAAAACUUUUUAUUUGAAUGGGUCACAUUCAGAGUGAUGUUUUAGAAAUAAAUCCUGACUAUUGACAUGUUUUAAUUUUCCUUUAUUUAAACUUAAACCUUUAGUGGUAUAAUCAGCCAUUUGGGAAGACCCAUUGUAAGUGCCCAAGUAAAAUUUAAUUUGAAUUCCACUUCUGUACUUUUACUGUGACUUUUUCCCUUCUAUUUUCCCUAUUCCUGACCUUUAUGUUUUCAUCUCCAAGCAAUCACCAUUUUAUUGGUUAUGAGACUGAUGAGUUGAAUAAUUCCAGCCAUUUGAAAGUAUUCCCAAGAAAAGCCAGGAUCCCAGAAUAACUAGUUUCCUCUUUUUGCCUUAACAGAUGAUGUGGAUAAGAAAAUUUUCAUGUCUUUGGCUAAAAAACAAAACAAAAUUCUUAAUUGGCAUAUUGUGAUUGGUUUGAUUAUAGAGUAAUGUAAGUUGGUCUAAAAUCAAAAGUUGGUUUUUCUCUUUAUAGUUCAAUUUACCAAAAAUAUUAGUGUAAACUUAUAAACACAGUCUUACUCAUAAAAGAAAUGAAAGACAGUUUCAGGAAACGACAGCUGUUUAUGCACGCUAACCUAGCGGCAAACUUAAAAAAAAAAAAAAAAAA